ACAAAUUGGUGCGCGUUCAGUGACUCUUUGCAUGGCUACCAACCGAAUCGAAACCAAGAACAGAAUAUUGCGUUCAAGAAAUUGGCGGGAGACGUUCGAAACUCAAGCUCGAAGAUGUUUACGGCAGCGAUGGAAAUCUCGCACCAUUCAAUUGAUUGCAUUCUGGUACAAGACAAAGAAGUGACGUACGUUGUUACCGUCUCGACGUUUGGAAUUUUAGCAAUGGCUCUAACGGAAAAAAUUGCUUAG